AUGACCGAGCCACGGAUCCGCUACAGCCACCCAGGGGGCAAUGAAGUCACUUCUUCAACUUCCAUCAGCCAUCAUGGUAACAACUCAAUGGUGACCACCAGCCAGUCCAUUCUCCAGCCAGUAUCUCCAGCCAGUUUGGACCCAGGUCACAGCCACAGCCUGCUGUCCCCGGACGGUAAAAUGAUUACAGUUUCUGGCGGUGGGCUCCCCCCGGUCAGUACUCUCACCAAUAUCCACAGCUUUUCCCAUCACACCCCACAACAAUCCCAGAACCUCAUUAUGACACCUUUAUCAGGAGUCAUGGCUAUCACACAAAGCCUAAACAGUUCGCAGGCCCAGAGUGUCCCCGUUAUCAACAGCAUAGCCCUACAACCGGUCCAGUUCUCCCAACAGCUGCACAGCCCACACCAGCAGUCAAUCAUGCAGCAGUCGACCAAUCCGAUGGCUCAACAGCCAUUCAUGGCGUCAGUGACACAGCUGCAGAAUUCACACAUGUACACACACAAGCAAGAACCUCCUCAGUAUUCUCACACAUCACGGUUCCCUUCAGCGAUGGUGGUCACGGAUACCAGCAGCCUCAAUUCACUAACCAACAUGUCUUCCAAUAAACAGUGUCCAUUACAAGCCUGGUGAUACUCCACCCCGUUCUCUGUGCCUUUAGCAACUGGAAAUUAUUUUUCCACAACGUCCUGCCUUGGCCACAAUGAGAUCUGGCGGAAGGUGGCAGCAAAGCCCGAAGAGCUUGCAUAGCUCGAUCCCGCUCAGCCUGGAAAGAAGAUUGGAAGUUUCUGUGCUACUGUGGCUUUCUUCAAAGGAUCCGGAACGGUGUCUGCCAGACCAAGCAUUUCCCAUGCUGUUUGCCAAAGACUUACUGCCUCCAGGAUGCCAAAAUAUUUUUUCCUUCUGGAGGAUAUUUGUUUCUUACCAACACCAGAACAAAACGAGAAGCUUGGCAAAGAACCUAAAGCUGGAGAUCAAGCGUAUUUAUAAAGUGACACACUUCUACUGGAGAGGACCAAAGAGAGGACUCGGGGCUGUUACGUCAGGUUGCAAAGGAAGAACCAACUGUGAUGUUGAACUGAACCAAUUAAACUGUAUAUAUGAGGAGCUCGGUAUUCCAGAUCUCCUCCCCCCUCCCUCACACCUAUCUGCAGAGAUUUAUAUUAAAGAAAAGUUAAUGUUGUCUAUCAAAUGGAUGUAUUAAGAAAUUAAGUGCAAUGCCUCCCCCUUCACUUGUACAUAGGA